CCCUCUUCAUAGCAUCGUUUUUCUUUUUACAUUACAUUAACGCCCGGCAUGUAUCGUUUUCACUCCUACUGCUAGCUGAGAAUAUCAUUUACACAUUCUUUCAUGCGGCAUGGUCCUUCGCCUGUUUGUUCAGCCUAACGAGGGCAAGCACUGGAUUGUUCCCAAACGCCAUGAACCCCUACCCGCAAACUCGACGAUAGAAAACUCCGUCGUCGCAUCCACCGCCCUCGCCGCGGCAUACACAUCCUACUCGCGGGGUUUCUCGAGAAGGAUUGGACACACGGGCGGGCUUUCGGCGCCUGCAACAUUCAUCAGGGCAUCUGCAAGAGCGGGGAUAUGGUGUGCGUGCAUCGGCGCGGCCACGAAUUGGUACUAUCAUUAUGCCUUCACGACUCCCGUGGUCGAGCUCUCGCAGGUGGAGACAACGCCCUGGAAGGUCUGGGAGAAGACAGACAAGUACACCGUCGAUGAUGGGUUUCUUGCUGGCGCGGGCGUCGGUCUCGCGUCUGGACUCGUCUCCGCCGUCUUUCUCAGGAGGAUGCCAGUGUCGUGGUUUGCGAAAUGCGUGGGCAUGACGAACGUGGGCGCCUUCGCGGGUAUAACGGGGUCGCACGCAUAUUUCCACUACAAGGGCGAGAGACAGACUGCCGCUACUGCGCUGGAGGAAUGGAAGAAGAGGAGGAACAUGGAGUUCCACUGGAUAUACUGGAACAAGCUGUUCAUGUCGAGGCUGCCGCCGCUGUGGCAGGGAUAUGUAGUGUUCAACGGAAUUUUCAAAGCGAACUCACUGCCCGAAGAAGCGCUUAAGACGCCCGAAAAGUACGGUGUCGUGGGUAUCGCUGCCCCGGCUGAACAACAAGAAUCAUCUGCAGACGGCGCAGCACAGCCAACAGCAGAGGAAGAAUAUACAGGGUACUACUUCAAAUCCUACGACCAUUCCGAGAACUUACGAAACAUCAACCUCGAACUUACACGCAGUACGCUGAAGGACAUGUAUGAAAACAAGACUCGAUUGCUCGAAGACAGCCAGUGGGUGAUAGCAGAACUCGGCCGCAAGCAGCACGAGUACUGCCACCUCGACUCCCAAGCCGACGAUGACGAGCGCCAGCGCCGCCAGCGCGAGAUCCAACUCCUCGAACUCACGUUUAACAGACUCCGCAUCGACGCCGACCAAGUCGCGCGAAAGAUCGAGCUCUGGGAGCUCGCCGUCCAGCAGAAGGUAGCAUGGGAGUCAUCCUCCACCGACAAAUCGACACCCGCACCCUCCUCGUCUCUCAAAUCCGACGACACCGCCGCCGCCAUAAAAGCCUGGACGGCGCCCCAGGUCCACAUCAACCCCGCCGCGCACAUCCCCUCCCAGUCCGUCGAGGAAUUCAUCAAGUUCCGCGACCAACUCGUCUCCGAGAUCGCCACCUUCGAAGCCAAGGAGAAGACGUCCACGGGUAAGGACCGCAAGAACGUGACUUCCGACCUCAAGGACGCGAGGGCGCUGCUCCGCGCGGCCGACAUGCUGAUCUGGGAGUCGGAAAAUAAGGUCAAGAAGCUUCAGCAGGCGCAGGAAGCCGCGGCGACCGUCAGCGCUGCCUCGAAGGAGAAGCAACAACAGCAACAGCAACAGCAGGUCGAGCAAAGCUCGAAGUACCAAGACAAGGACAUCCCCGUCCCCGCAGACUCAGGAAUCAAGAAAUCAACCUCAUCGUCCGUCGUAGACAAGGAGGCCGCCGACGAGGUCAAGGAACCGAAUAAGGAGAACAUGGCCCAAGACGAGACGGACGCGCCCAAUGCCGCUGCCAACAUCGAUAAAGAUGAGGACUGAAAACUAAAGCAAUAAUGGGCUUUUUAAUUUCUAUAGAUACAAAUCGUAGCGUACCAAAACGUUUUAGGCAUUUUCACCAUGUUUCUCUCUGAUCUGUUUUUUUUUUUCGUCUUCUUCUCGAUUUAGCGAGUGAGCGUACAUUUUCGUCGAAUACAUACACAUAUACGUUUUUCUUCCAUCUAUG